AUGGGCCCUCAAGAUCCAGAAACAGCAACGGCAGACGAACAGAGUCACCUGGAAAGAGAAUUAGACUUCUUCAACCACUAUGAACCAGCCACCACCGCAUCAGUUGACGUCUUCGCCGUUCAUGGCCUAAACGGCCACUGGGCAAAAACAUGCACCCGCAGCUCGUCGAGCACGCAGGAGGAGCAAGAUAGGUCGCUCAUCUUCAUAUGCCACAGUGUGGGUGUCAAGCUGUCCAUUAUUUGCGGCCAGGAGGACCCCAAUGUCGAUGAUAUCUCCAAGCAUGUGUAUGGCAGUGUCUCCCUGGAGAAGCCGCACGACAACUCGAUGAAAUCGAAGAGGCUUGGCUCCGCUAUCCGCGUCCAAUGA